AUGGAGAACUCAACAGAAGCUCGUCCCAAGUUGACGCCCAACGUUGCUGAAAAGCCCCCCGUCCCAACAACACUUUCAGGAAAGCUUCGUGCCAAGCUCCCCAGCCGCGGAUGGAUGAUCUUCUGGACAACAAUUGGAACGGUUGGAGGGCUGGUGGUUCGUGAUCACUAUUUGACGGUCGAUGCCAAGAAGCGGGUUGCUGACAAAGUUGACAUCCUGGCCAAGCAGAGCUGUGGUGUUCAGGACAUGCCCCGCAAGGUUACCGUCUAUAUCACUGCUCCUCCUGGUGAUGGUAUCCAUAAGACCCGUCAUUACUUCAAGGCCUUUGUCAAGCCUGUGUUUGAUGCUGCAGCAGUGGAUUACGAGGUCAAGGAAGGAUUGGUAGACGGUCAGAUCCAGGCCAUGGUUGCGGCGGAUGUGCGCAAGAGGCGCCGUGUUGCUGCAGGAAAGCAGUCUGCCUUGUCCGAGGCCGAGCAGAAUGCACCCGUUGUGCCGCUGAAGUCUGUCUCGGACGGAAUUGUUGUCUUGGGCCGUAUUGCCCUGGCAGAGGUCCUCCAGGGUUACAACGAUGGAUGUCUUCAGAGUCUGGAUGAUCCCGAACCCGUUGCUGUGGCGGAGAAGAUUGAGGAGGUUUCGAUCAAGGAUGAGGCUGCUUCAUUAGUGACUGAGGCAACAGGAUCGGUCGAGACAACGACAUUGGAUAAGAGCGCCGAGGAUACCACUACAUCUACAGAGGCAGCAGUAGCAGCAGCAGCAGCAGAACUAGUAGCAGCAGCAGCAGCAGCGGAAAAGAAUGGCGAGAAGAAAGAAGAAGAGAAAGCGCCAGCACCCAUCCCCAUCCCUCAGGAUGAAUCCUACUUCUCAGUACCCUCCUCCGGAUUGGAGCCCGUCGGAUAUAUCCCCUUCAAGAAUCUGACCGGAUUCCGCAACUUCCACAAGAAGAUCUUUGCGCUUUUCAACUCGUAUGACUGUGUCGAAUAUGCGGGAGCCUCGGUGAUGAAGGUUGCAUUCGCAGAGACCAAGGAGUUUGAGAAGGACGAUCUGGAGAUUGGUCGGGAUGAGGAGCCGCUCUUCCAGAAGUACAGAGGCCCUGUCGAGAUCAAUAUCUUGGAUCGCGUUCGGGAGCAGGUCAAGCUUUAUGUGACGCCUGAGAAUAUCCCAGAGGUCAAGAAGGUUGAUGAGGAGGUUGUGUUUGAGGAGCAACAUUAG